GCGCUCGUGGCUCAGUCAUUCAGUCAAUCGUCCUCUCCUCGCUUCCACCCUUACACCAAACAUUCUGUCUUAUUCACCACGACGGCCUCCCUACAAUCAUGAAUAUCCCCAACUGCUGAAUUACAAUCCCUACAACUUCAUGCGCAGAAGCCCAAGAUGAGCGGCUCAGUUGAGCUGUCCUCACGAAUGCGCUUCUGCACAUUUCCUGCUUCGCUUGACCGCCAUGGGCCAACUCGGUGACAUCUCGCCUCAAGGCACCAUUGCUAUUGGAAUCCUCGUCGGCCUCUUAUCCACCUCUGUCCAAAGCCUGGGUCUGACCCUUCAGCGAAAGUCGCAUCUCAUCGAGGAUGCAAAGGAUCAUUCCGAGCCGCGGAUUCCUCCAUACAAGAGGCGGCGAUGGCAAUUAGGCAUGUUGAUGUUUGUCGUAUCCAAUUUGGUGGGCAGCACCAUUCAGAUCACCACGCUGCCCUUGCCCGUGCUCUCGACGUUACAGGCUUCAGGGCUUGUUUUCAACACCGCAUUCGCAACUCUUCUGCUGGGCGAGCCCUUUACCCAUUUCUCAUUUGUGGGCACAAUCCUUACAUGUUCUGGUGCAGGCUUGAUAGCCACGUUUGGGGCCAUUGGAGAGCCGGCGCAUAACCUCCAUCAACUGCUCGUUCUUCUCGGCAAGCGCAAUUUCAUCAUCUGGAUGGUUGGUACAAUGAUGGUGGUCGUGGCUACCAUCUUGUUCGCUCACGUCUUGAGGAUGUGGUCGUCUCAUAAGCGAAUCGUAGAAAGUCUGCCAAAGAGCGAAAGGCCUCGAGAAGGAUCAAUCAGCACUGACCGCCCUCGGAUGCUCUCUCGGUCUUUCACCGCUCAACUGCCUCAACCGCUGAAACUACGUGUCAGUCGUCUGCGGCUUGCCCGAGGCCUGUCCUAUGCUCUGAUAUCUGGCAUUUUGUCGGCGCAUUCUCUUCUUGUCGCCAAAUCCGCAGUGGAGCUUCUUGUCCGGACCAUCAUCGACCACAAAAACCAAUUCGACCGAUUUCAGUCAUGGCUCAUCCUGGUGGCGCUACUCUUCUUUGCCUUGACGCAGUUAUAUUACUUGCACCUUGGUCUUCGGCUAUGCAGUACGAGCGUAUUAUACCCCUUCGUGUUUUGCAUUUACAACAUUAUCGCAAUCCUAGACGGCCUGAUUUAUUUCCAACAAGGGUCGAGGUUGAGUUCUCUUCAUGCGGGGCUAGUGGCGUUGGGUACUGUUAUACUUCUUUCUGGAGUCCUGGCAUUAUCUUGGAGAUUGGAUGAUACGACACCCGCAGAAGCGCCUUACCAGUCGCCCUCUCCACGAACUCCGCUGACACCAGGAAUGGGAAUCUUGCGAUCCCCCGUGGACGAAAGAGCUCCUUUACUAUCGGCUGGACGAGCGAGGAGCCACACGGCUGAUUCAAGACGAUCGGUCGACGAGCAGGCACCCCUAGUUGUUAGCCGCGCUCGACCGCCCGUGCUUUCAGUUCAUGCGCCGCCUGAUACUGACACGGAGGGUAUCUGGGCAGAGUUAGACGACCAGGAGCGUCAGGAUGAUUACCUCGCAUCUCUGCCUCGAGCACCAUCUCCGUUCCUGACCCAUAGUUUCAAGCCACGUCAGAGAGGCGACUCGGCCUCUUCACAAGCUAUUUCAACAGGAAGUGGACACGAUUCGGAGCCGUCGAAAGUCGCUGCUAAGAAAGAUCAACAUAUAUUCUCUCAAAGGGCAACGGAUGUCCAUCGAAGGCGAAGCAGUGCACCAGGAACUGGUAGGCGCGAAACGACCCAGUCUCGCCUUCACACCCGACACAGGAGUACAUCCGUUCGGUUUGUUGAUGACAGAGAUCAAGAAAAUGACAGUAACGACGAUGAUCAACCUGGACGACAGCCUGUUCGUAGUCGAUAUGAUACCAGUGGCGCGGAAGAUAAAGCAGAAAGUGGACUUUGAGAAGGAAUCAGCUUCAGGUAGUUGUUGAGCACAUGGGCAUCUGGCUCGACACAAGAAGCAGAAAUACAGAACAAGCAGCCCCAAUGUGAUACAUUUUGCUUCAGAUAUGGAUGCCUCGAGGUCGACGGAAUCUGAAUAGUGCGUUCAUAUCUUCUAUUGACGGCCGCAUAGAACCAAGCGACAGAGACACAGACCUAAAGUGCCUUUCUUGAUCAUGGGUUUUGUCGAUGGACCUGUCUCGUUCUUGUGCCAGUGCACCGUGAAUUUGUGUGGUUUGAGCACCAAAACUCGUUCUGCUGGGCUAGACCGCUUUACUUCCAAGAACCGAAUGAAAGCGUCGAAUGUCUU